AUGGCAUUGCCGCUUCCCACGGGGCUGGUCCCCUCCGAAGUCUCCUUCCUGAGCGAAAUGGAACUCGUCACCGUCGUCCCCCGCCAGCGGCUCGAGGGCAUUGAUCUCCUCUCGGGCUCGACGCCGACCCUCCGCCCGCCGCAUCGCGCCAACCUGCCUCUGUGGCUGGCGCUGCUCCUGAAGAAACAGCGCAGGGCGAAUAUUGUGCCGCCGCCGUGGCUGUACCCCGAGUCCCUCCGCAACGUCAUCUUCCACGAGACUAAGGUCGAUCCCAACCGCUGGGCUCCGCCGCCGCCGCCGCCCGUUCGAGCCGACAGCCUAGGAAACGCGCGCAGACUGAACACGUUAGAGGAUGGCGAUGUUGUGCUGUCGCCGCCCUUCUUGCCCUCUUGCACCUCGGACGCGCCGUCGGGUGCCCUCCCGUUCCACUGGUUCGAGGUCGCAGAGAUGCUGCUAGCCCAUGCCGCAGACGAUAUCCCUACAUCUUCCGAGGUCAGGUCGCUGCUCCGCGAUCUGCAGGAGGUGAGAGCGGCCAAGAUGCGGGCAAGUACGGCCGAGCUGGAGAAUGGUGUGGACAGUGUCAUGAGCUUGCGGGGUGUCGGCGCAAUGGAGCUCUCCGAGAGCAGAGGCUUCGUCAUUGGCGUUCUUGAGGGUCUCAGGAAGGUUGGCGCAAGUACUGAAGCCUCCCGACGUGAGGAGGAAGCCAGUAAGAGAGCCGGCGGCGAGGACGACGACGGAAGCGACGAAGACAUGGGCUUGUGA